AUGCCGCUCAAGGAUAAAUCCAAAAGCCCUUCGGAGCCGCCAUCUCUGGCACACUUCCAAACCCUCACCACCCCUACCGAACAGGUUCAGUACUCCAUCCCCUUCUUCCUCUCGCACUACUUCCUGGACGCCUCCACGGGCGAGCCGGACCCCAGCAAAACGCCCCUGGCCGUGACCCUACCGGACCUGAAGCCCCAGCUGGUCACCAAGCUCGAGGAGGCCGUGCGCGGCGUCCCGGGUUUGCUGACCGAGGUCAAGCGCCAAGGCUUGAAUGAGUACAGGGCGCUGUAUGUGGGCUGGUCGCAGGACGCCAUGCUGGAGGCGGCCAAGGCGCACUGGCAGGCCGUGGACGAGCGCAAGGCGGCCGAGGAGGCGGCGCGGCAGGCGGGCCGCAGCGCGAAGCACCGCGAGUACCUGCAGAAGCUGGUGACCGGCGCCGGCGCCGGCCGGACCGAGUUCGACAUCCGGGGCGCCUACACCGUCCGGUGUCCCAGCAUCGACGACCAGUGGGACGGGACAGACGAGAUGGAGCUGCACGUGCGGGAGGCGCAGGGCGGGGUCGAGGGCGUCUACGAGGCGCAGUUCAAGUUCCGCGUCCUCGAGGGCGUUAUGCUGCUCUGCGCGAACCGGGAGACGCUCGUCCGGCACCGCUCCGCGCUGGACAAGGUCCGGGGCAAGGAUGCCGACUGGGACUGGGACUACAUGAAGGAUAGUGCGCAGCUGCUUGAGCAGCAGGCUUCGCUAGCAGAGAACUCGAGCAACAAGCGGAAGCUUGGUGACUCGGACGGGGGAGCCGGAGGUAGCCAGCCCAAGAAAAGGAAGGGCCCGAAGCAUACAGUGCCGGAGCCGCAUCCACGGAGAUUCUGGUUGAUGUGGAACGGAAGGGAGACCGGGGAGGGUGAAAUGCAGUAUGAUUACGAGAACAACCAUACAGGCUGUCUCGAGUUCGCGGACGAUAAGUUCACGGCAUUCAAGGGUGAGAUGAACUUAGAGUUCGUUGGAGGAGACGACAUGCUAUUUGGGGAGAAAGUCUCCGAUAAGCCGUCCAACAAGGGGACCAGCUCUUGGACGAAGUUCACGUGA